AUGGAGCUAUUUGCGUCCGCUUUCCCCGGCAUUGUGGCAGAGAGAGAAAACCCAGACCUACAGCAUGAGGUCGCAGCACAAAUCCUCCACAAACUCACAGAAGUAAAAACUUAUCUGGCGGGGGAAAUGACACGGAACACCAAAGAGGUAAAAUCAGAGAUACAGGCCUUGGGGGCCCAGACGGCAGAUCUGGAGCAACGUGUGGAAACCAUAGUUGAGGCCCAUAACGGAGUGGUGAUCCAUUCUGAAGCCAUGGCACACCAGAUAGACAGCCUCAAACUGAUAGUGGAGGAUUUAUUGAACUGCUCAAGACGCAACAACCUUGAGAGGCCUCCUCAAAACCCCCAAUGA